AGUCAGAGAACUGAGCUGCGCUCUCUCCACAUCCCCGUCUGCAGCCACAGCUGCAGCCAGAUCUUAACAGCUGGAGCCACAAAGCAGCCUUAGGAGACCCAGGAGUCUCUGCUCCCCGCCAUGUCUGUCACUGAAUUCAGCCUCCUGCGAUGGCUGCGAGAGGGAAGGCAAUCCCGGAAAUUAAUCCUUCUGAUUGUCUAUAUUGCCUUGCUGUUGGAUAACAUGCUUCUCACCGUAGUAGUGCCGAUUAUUCCAAGCUACCUGUACACCCUGAUGCAUGAAUCAAACAACACCGGCCCCCAGAAUGCCACAAGUCCGUCACUGCCCUCCAGCAAUUUUCAGACUAUUUUCUCCUAUUUCGACAACACCUCAUUGAUCACCGUGAACAUCACGGAGGAAUCACAGAAACCGAGGUCGAGUCUGAUCCCAACCCAACCAUCUGAUGUCCAAACCACUGCCAUCCCAUCCGACUGCCCCGAGGCUGACUCCAGUUUACUGAAUGAAAAUGUCAAAGUCGGCUUAUUGUUUGCAUCAAAGGCAACCGUACAGCUACUGACUAAUCCAUUCAUUGGACCACUGACCAACAGGGUCGGGUAUCAGAUCCCGAUGUUUGCCGGAUUCUGCAUUAUGUUUCUGUCGACGCUCAUGUUUGCGUUCUCAGGUACCUACACAUUGCUCUUCAUCGCCAGGUCCCUCCAAGGAAUUGGCUCAUCAUGUUCUUCAGUAGCAGGUAUGGGAAUGCUGGCCAGUGUUUACACAGAUGACGAGGAGCGAGGAAAUGCCAUGGGGAUUGCACUGGGCGGACUGGCAAUGGGGGUUUUAGUGGGGCCGCCGUUUGGAAGCAUCUUAUAUGAUUUUGUUGGGAAGACAGCCCCGUUCCUGGUACUUGCUGUGCUUGUCCUGUUUGAUGGUGCUCUGCAGCUCUUCAUCCUGGAACCGUCUCGAGUUCAGCCAGAGAGUCAAACGGGAACACCACUAUUUACCCUUCUGAAGGACCCAUACAUCAUAAUUGCUGCAGGAUCUAUCUGCUUUGCUAACAUGGCGAUUGCGAUGCUAGAACCGGCUUUACCAAUCUGGAUGAUGGAGACAAUGUGUUCGCGAAAAUGGCAGCUAGGUGUAGCUUUCAUUCCAGCCAGUAUCUCUUAUCUCAUUGGAACCAAUAUCUUCGGCGUGCUGGCUCACAGGAUGGGAAGGUGGCUCUGUGCUUUCAUCGGAAUGAUUAUGGUUGGAAUUAGCAUUUUAUGUGUACCAUUUGCAAAAAACAUCUAUGGCCUAAUUGCGCCAAACUUUGGCGUUGGAUUUGCAAUUGGUAUGGUAGACUCUUCUAUGAUGCCAAUAAUGGGCUAUUUGGUAGACCUGCGCCACGUUUCUGUUUAUGGUAGCGUUUACGCAAUCGCAGAUGUUGCCUUUUGUAUGGGAUUUGCACUCGGCCCAUCUGCUGGAGGCGCUAUUGCUAAAUCCAUUGGGUUCCCCUGGCUAAUGACUAUUAUUGGAAUAGUAGACAUCCUCUUUGCCCCUCUGUGCUUGUUCCUUCGGAGCCCCCCCGCCAAGGAAGAAAAAAUGGCAAUUCUCAUGGAUCAGAAGUGUCCGGUAAAAACAAAAAUGUACAUACAGAACAGUUCCCAGCCUUACUACGCAGCCGAGGAGGACGAGGAGUCAGAAGAAGACGGUUAACAUGUAUAUCAUUGGCCGCUUGUACAGCACACAUUGUAUUCCACAUCUCAUUCCAAGAAACCUCUUCUUAGUUGUAUUAACAGUGACAUUGUUUUCAAGAAGCCAAAGGUUUGUCAUUCACCCCCGCACUAGGGCAGCUUUUCAUGUUUGGGGCAGACGGAGGAAUACCCAUAGUAUCAUAUUCACUGAACACAGAACAGUGGGAAUUGUACCCACAAUGCAAAAUGUAGAUUUAACAAAGAU